GAGUUCUACUGUCUUCUGGUAAAACAGGUUUAUGCAGCUACCAGAACAAUGGAUUCUAUGUUGAGUUUAUCAAUGGAAGAACCUGUAAAGAAGAGCACUGUUAAGAAAUAUAAAAUUAUUUGUAUUGUUCUUCUUGCUUUGUUGGUGAUUGUGUCCCUUGGAUUAGGCCUGGGGCUUGGACUCAGGAAACCAGAAAAGCAAGGCAGCUGCAGGAAAAAAUGCUUUGAUUCAUCAUACAGAGGACUGGAAGACUGCCGGUGUGAUGUGGGAUGCAAAGAUCAAGGCAAUUGCUGCUGGGAUUUUGAAGACACCUGUGUGAAAUCAACUCAAAUAUGGACAUGCAAUAAAUUUCGUUGUGGGGAGAUGAGAUUAGAAUCCAGCCUUUGCUCUUGUUCAGAUGACUGUUUGCAGAGGCAAGACUGCUGUGCUGACUAUAAGAGUGUUUGCCAAGGAGAAACCCCGUGGGUGAACGAAGACUGUGACACAGGCCAGCAGUCUCAGUGUCCAGAAGGGUUUGACCUGCCACCAGUUAUCUUGUUUUCCAUGGAUGGUUUUAGAGCUGAAUAUUUAGACACAUGGAGUACUUUAAUGCCUAAUAUCAAUAAACUGAAAACAUGUGGAAUUCAUUCAACAUACAUGAGAGCUAUGUAUCCUACCAAAACCUUCCCAAAUCAUUACACCAUUGUUACGGGCUUGUAUCCAGAAUCACAUGGCAUUGUUGACAAUAAUAUGUAUGAUGUAAAUCUCAACAAGAAUUUUUCACUUUCUUCUGCAGAGAAAAGUAAUCCAGCCUGGUGGCUUGGGCAACCGGUGUGGCUGACAGCAAUGUAUCAAGGCUUAAAAGCUGCUACCUUCUUCUGGCCAGGAUCAGAUGUGGCUAUCAAUGGCUCCUAUCCUUCCAUAUAUACGAUUUACAACGGUAGUGUCCCAUAUGAAGAGAGGAUCUACACAUUGUUAAAAUGGCUGGACCUACCCAAAGCUGACAGACCCAGUUUUUAUACCAUAUAUUUGGAAGAGCCUGAUUCUGCAGGACAUGAAAGUGGACCAGUCAGUGCCACAGUAAUUAAAGCCUUACAGUUCGUAGAUGAUACUUUUGGAAUGUUGAUGGAAGGCCUAAAACAGAGGAACUUACACAAUUGUGUCAAUAUAAUCCUUUUGGCUGACCACGGAAUGGACCAGACGUAUUGUGACAAGGUGGAAUAUAUGACUGAUUAUUUUCCCAUAAUAAAUUUCUACAUGUAUGAAGGGCCUGCGCCCCGCAUCAGGACUCGUAAUAUACCUCAUGACUUUUUUAGUUUUAAUUCUGAAGAAAUUGUCAGGAACCUCAGUUGCCAAAAAUCCGAUCAGCAUUUUACACCCUAUUUGUCUCCUGAUUUGCCAAAACGACUGCACUAUGCCAAAAAUGUCAGAAUUGACAAAGUUCAUCUCAUGAUGGAUCGACAGUGGCUGGCUGUGAGGAAUAAGGCAAGUUCAUCCUGUGGAGGAGGCAACCAUGGUUUUAACAAUGAGUUCAAGAGCAUGGAGGCUCUCUUUUUGGCACAUGGACCCAGUUUUAAAGAGAAGACUGAAAUUGAGCCAUUUGAAAAUAUUGAAGUCUAUAACCUAUUGUGUGAUCUUCUACGCAUUCAACCAGCACCAAACAACGGCACCCAUGGUAGUUUAAACCAUCUUCUGAAGGAGCCUUUUUAUGAGCCAUCCCAUCCAGAGGAAGUGUCACAGGUUUCUGAUUGUGGCUUUACUGCUCCAUUGCCCACAGACACUCUGGACUGUUCCUGCCCUGAGCUAGAAAACGAUUCUCUUCUAGAACAAGUGAAUCAAAUGCUAAAUCUCACCCAAAAUGAAAUAACAGCAACAGUGAAUGUAAACUUGCCAUUUGGGAGACCCAGGGUCAUGCAGAAGGACAAGGACCACUGUCUUCUUUACCACAGGGAAUAUGUCAGUGGAUUUGGGAAAGAUAUGAGAAUGCCCAUGUGGAGCUCAUACACGGUCCCCAAGCCGGGAGACACAACGCCUCUUCCUCCCACUGUCCCAGACUGUCUGCGGGCUGAUGUCAGGGUUGCUCCUUCUGAGAGCCAAAAGUGUUCCUUCUAUUUAGCAGACAAGAAUAUCACCCACGGCUUCCUCUACCCUCCCGCAAACAAUAGAACUUCUGAUAGUCGAUAUGAUGCUUUAAUUACAAGUAACUUAGUCCCUAUGUAUGCAGAAUUCAAAGAAAUGUGGGACUACUUUCACAGUGAUCUUCUUAUAAGACACGCCAUGGAAAGAAAUGGAGUAAAUGUGGUUAGUGGACCAGUAUUUGAUUAUAAUUAUGAUGGUCAUUUUGAUGCUCCAGAUGAAAUUACAGAAUAUGUAGCUGACACCAGUGUUCCCAUCCCAACUCACUACUUUGUGGUGCUGACGAGUUGUAAAAAUCAGAGCCACACACCCGACAACUGCCCUGGGUGGUUGGAUGUCCUACCCUUUAUCAUCCCUCAUCGACCCACCAACGUGGAGAGCUGCCCUGAAGGUAAAUCAGAAGCUGUUUGGAUUGAAGAAAGAUUUAAAGCACACAUUGCCCGGGUCCGUGAUGUAGAACUUCUUACUGGGCUUGACUUUUAUCAGGAAAAAUUACAGCCUGUCUCUGAAAUUUUGCAACUAAAGACAUAUUUACCCACAUUUGAAACCGUUAUUUAACUUCAUG